AUGGUUUCGACAAGAGGCGGUGCCCAAACAGGUGUCGACGACCAAAAAGAAGCGGAAUUGAAAUUACGAAAGAAGCCCGUGCGAAAGGCAGCGGCAGCAACGAAACCGGCCAAGGCAGCGCCUGCAGCGAAGACAACACGAUCCAAGAGGGUGGAGCCCGAGCAGGAGGACGAAGAAGCGGACGAACUACACGGAGAUGGAAGUGCGGCAGCGCCUAAAGUGGUACGGAAAGCCCGCGCAAAGAAGGACGAUGUCAGCACGACCACCACCACCACAGCUCCAAGCAAACCCGCCGCAGCAACUCGAGCUCGCGCGACGACUGCCACCGCUCCCGGCAAGACAGCCGCGACACGCGCUGUAAAGCCCAGUAAGACCGAGACGUCGACACCCAGUCUUGCCCCACCCGCUCAAACAAGGACUGCGCGUGCUACGCGCGCAACGGCUUCAACUCGUGCCACCGCAGCCAAGGAGAAGGCGGCACCACUUUCACCUAAGAAGAUCACCCAGAUGCCCAAACUACCAGCUCGGAAUACGAGGACUACCAAUAUCAAGGCGGUGGUUGGAAAGGAGAUUGGAAAAGUCGUUGCAAAGGGCAAGCCAGCAACGCGGCGGCGAGGUGUGUCGGACGAGAACGCGGGCGUUCCAGAGUUUAGACCAUCCACUGCAGACCAGCAAAGUGAAGAAAUCAACACAAGGCAGGCUUCGAAAGGCACACCUGCAGUGAGCAAGGCCGCAGCAAAGGCUGUAACAGAGCCGGAGACGAUUGAGAUCGACAAUGACACACCAAUGUCGACGACACCGACGACACCGGCAGAAUCAGUUCUGGAGCCUGAUGACGAUGUUCUUCAGGACCAUGUCGAGGCUUCAGACUCAGAUGGUGGUGGAGAGAUCGAGAUAUCUGCGGAUGAACUUUGUGGACCCAAGACACCCAUGAAGCGCAUGAGCCCCCGUGAGCUGUCAAAACACACAUCUGCACAUAAAGGUAGAUUCUCAGAGGACGUUCCAAUGGAGACACCUGCCAGACGGUUCUUGGUUCCUGGCUCACAGGUCGGCACACCGCAAACGCAGAAACCCUAUUGCAAGCCUCGGUUGCCAAUAUCAGAAGUGAGGCCCACAACCGCAGCUAGAGCACGGGAUAGAGCUAUGGUUUUCCCCAAGUUGCAGCCUCUGGAUCUGUCUCUUGCUCUCGAGGAAGCCGACGAGACAGCAGAAGUAGAUGACAGAACUUUGUCUACAGAGGACGAGAUGGUGCCAAUGAAUGUGGGACAAGCCGACAUUUCUGAAGCUUCUAUCCACAUCUCGGAGGGGGAUGAGCUUAGCGACGCAGAAUGUGCCCUGAUUCCGGCACGCGCGGUUGGAUCGUCGAAGGAGGUCAGCAUUGAGGAUGUCGAUACCGAUGCAGCCGAGCAUGAUAUUGUCAAGAUUCCCUUUCAAAUGCAGGAUCUGUCUAUCGUGGAGGCUUACGGCGAAACCGAGGAUGAGCCCUGUCUCGCGGAAAGGGAUGAUUCAAAUGAGACCAUUCUUGUGGAAGAUGAAGACAUGGGAAACACCGUGGACUCGCGAAUAGAGACCACGCUGGAAUCGGCAGGGAGCAUCGUCGUCCACCACGACACGGCCCCUGAGGCCGACGAGAGCCUGACUUGCGAUGAAUCCAUGGAGGACUUACAUCUGCCGAUCAUGACCCCAAGGCCAGAAACCAUACAAUGGGACAAUUUACGGGAAGAUGUAACUAUCCCUUUCAAUUUCGACAACGUACUUUCUGGUACCCGAGCUCCCCUCCAAGAGCCCGAAGAGCCAAUGUCCUCUGAUGAAUGUGUGGAACCACAAGAAACCACUCAGGAUGUUGAGCACAGGCCUUCUGUCGAGACGAACAUGAUUCUGGCAGACACACAACAUCAACGGCAAAGUUUUGGGGAUGUACGCCUGUCUGUCGAUGCAACCGUCAACCUGAGUGACUUCCUCGACAUGUCGUCCCUCGCAGAACAGCCACGUCAACCACAUGACCAGGACGAUUAUAACGAUGUCGACAUGGAAGCACCCCAAGCCGAGCUUGACGACGAUAUGUCCAACGCAACUGCGGCUGCAUCACCACUGYGCGCUGUAACUCCUGCCAAGAUACCGUCGACCACCGGCAGCGAAAGCAUGCCAACUCUGCCAGACGUGCCGCAGCAAGAGCCUCACCACGUACUAGAACCGAACACGCCUCACUAUGCAAUGCCUACGAUCGCGUUCCGGCGCAAGUCGCUGCCCGCAAUAGUAUAUCAUACUCCCAUGAACGGCUCGAGACCGAAAACUUCCGAUGGUGCCAGCAUACACCGUAUUGCCAACCCGUUUGCAAACAUGUCGGCUGCUCAGGACGAUUUGCAACGAUCCAUGACACCUUUCCGUCUUAACAGAACACCUGCUUCAAGACCGCAGACGCCAUCCAUCGGCACACCAACGAGGAUGUCUUCGCGGAAAACUCCACGAACAAGUGGUAGAGCCGGCAUAACCCAAACGCCACGCACAAGCAGCAGACUGAGUGUGAGGCUGACCCCCAGAGAGCGAUUUCCUGGCCUGCCGUCUCGACAGACAUACGAGGAGCUAGCGAGCACUCCAACGGCCAAGACGCCUGGGCAGUUCAUCCYUUCUGYAGCCAAAUCAAGCACGAAGGAGCGUUUCCCGGCACUCCCGCCGGCUGAAAAGUACGAGGAUUUCGUCAAGACACCGGCGUCAGGCCGUGCUUUGGAAACGGUCUCUACCACGCCACAAAUUGAGCAGUCUAUCUUUUCACCAAUCGAGGAUGUAAGCAACACAGUUCAACCAGAGGAGCGCUACCCCGGGCUACCGCACCGCAGAACCUACGAGGAGCAUGCAAGAACAGCUAUGCCAGCUUCCCGCUUCCGCACACCUUCGCAGUCACCAGCAAAGCGACCAGCUACUGUGCAGAAACCUGCCUCGCUUCGCAAGAUGGCGCUGAAAGYCGGAACGCCAAUGGCUUCCCACACACCAGUUAAGACACCUCUCCGGGCUCCAGCCAUGACUCCUGGGCAGAUCCCACUGACACCUCACCCUGGUGCACCCCUCAAAGGUGUCAAUGCUUACGUUGACAUUUUCCUGAACGACRGCAGUAGUGCAAACUCCACGUAUAUUGCUGUGUUGCACAGUCUUGGGGCCAAGACGACUAAGACUUUCAAUGAUCGCGUCACACAUGUCAUCUACAAGGAGGGGUCGCCUGCUACUCUGCAAAAGCUUCGAAUUCACAACAAGCAAGUCAUCGAGAGUGGCAAUGGCAAGGAAAUCUUCUGCGUCAAUGGACGUUGGGUUAACGACUCAAACAGUGAAGGUACUCGUAUGGAUGAGACCGACGAAGCCUACAUCGUGGAUAUUGAGGACCAGCGGGCUACCAAGCGUCGCCGUAAGAGUAUGGAGCCCACAUCUUUGCUCAACAUCGGCGGCAACGUAGUGCGCGACACCAACCGGAAGAGCAGUCUUGGACGAAGCUCGAUUGGGCGAGCGCUGAAGGCCAUGUCACCUUCUUUCGAGUCGCCCACCAYGGGAUUGUCUGUCGAUUUCGCAGAAAAGGAGAACAGCGGUGACAGUUCAUUCGGGGACGAGUCGCCGGCUACUCCUGCUUAWCUCGCGGCGCCUGACAGUCUGAUACAGCAGACGGCACCCAUGAACCGCAUGAGGAAGCUAGACUUUGAUGCACAAGAGCAGGCCAAGAACAGGCGACUGACGUUCUGGGAUGGAGGCGAGUUUUGA